UGAGAUUUAGGCACAAUUUCGUUCACAAGUCUCUAAGUCGAAGAUCACUUUCAAUAUGUCGGUUUCGGAUUUGAUUGGUGCCCUUGAUGCUAUCCCUAAGCUCACAGUUCCCGACUCUCCUGCUCCUCCGACUUCGGUUUUCCUCGAUGCUCCUGAAUGGCUAACGGAGAGCUAUUUGCAGGAUGCCCUGCGAAAGUACUACAAGGACCAAAGAAUCAGGAUCAACUGGGUUAAGGUGAACCCUGCGCUGGGCAAAGGUGAAAACUACGGAGGAGUCCUGACCCGCGUAAAGGCACAGUUCACCCGAAGCGAUGGUACUUCCCAACUGGGUCACUACAUCAUUAAGUCCACCUUCGAGGGAAAUGAGUUUGCGCAGAACACAAUGGAACCCUAUGACAUCUUUAAUCGCGAGAUGAAUAUCUACGAACAGGUUCUGCCCAAACAAACUCUCCUCCGAGAGAUUGGCGAUCCUGAGCAGAUCUUUGCCGAAACCAUGGCCGUGGACAUUGAAAACUCGGCGUUGAUAUUUGAGGAUCUGAAUGCUCGUGGUUUCGUAAUGCCGAAUCGUUUGGUCGGACUGGAUCUAAAACUAACUCGAAUCGUGCUCCGAAAACUGGCAAAGAUGCAUGCCACUUCGGCGGUCUUGAACGAACGUGAGAACCACUCUUUGGAGGGCUACGAUCGCGGGUUCUUCAACCGCUACACCGAUAAUUAUGAAGGUGCCUUCGUAGGAAUGUUCCAGGCGGCGAAGCGUCGUGUGGCCCAGUGGCCAGGAUAUGAAAAGUACGCGGAGAAGAUGGAGGCCCUGGAGCCCUUGUACAUGGAACUGGGAAAGCGAAUCUUCGACAUCUCCCCCGGUCACAUCAAUGUUCUGGCCCACGGAGACCUCUGGACUAAUAAUGUUCUGGUUCAGUACGAUAAGGAAACCGGGGAACCAUUGGACGCAGUUAUCAUUGACUUUCAAUACACGGCUUGGGGAUCCCCGGCACUGGAUCUGUUCUACUUCCUGAACUCCUCGCUGGAGUUUGACCUUCAUCAGAAUCAUCAGGAGCAGCUGAUUGCCUAUUACUACGGCUUUUUCUCGGAUACACUGAGGAAACUGCAGUACCAGGCUUCAAUCCCCAGCUUGCAUCAGUUACACCAGCAAUUGCACCAGAAGAAAUUCUACGCUGCCCACACAUCCAUAUCGGUGUUUCCGAUUCAGCGAAAUGUGGAGACCGCCGAUGCCGAUUUCAAUGCCCUAAUGGAAACCAACCAGCGGGCCACCAAUUUCAAGAAUGCCUGCUAUAGGAAUCCGAUUUCUGAAAGAAUUUUACGGGAACUUUUGCCCGGUUUCGAGGCAGAGGGUUUGCUUGAUAUAGAUCAGUGAGCGAAAUGCCUAGGCCCUUCUAUCAUACACCUGUGUUAUAUAGUACACCCUAUACAAAAUUGUAUAUAGAGAAAUAAUAGACAAAUAUUAUAUUAGUUUAGAAAAUGUAAUCACAAUUGUAUAAAAUAACCAAAGAAAUAAAACUUAUAAUAAA